GGGAGCGAGAGAGGGGGGGGGAAGCGGGAGCGGGAGCGCGCUUUCCGUGUCUGGUUAGUGGACUGACAGCCAGCUGUGCGGCUACAACGACAACAACAACCUCCUGGAUUUGUUACAUACAGCUACAUUAGUGUCGGUCUGCUACUCGUCAUAAAAACCGUACACUUAGAGCUAGUUUUUUUUUUUUGAGGGGAGCACUCCGGCGGCUACGAGCAGUAUCAUCGGCGGUUUCCGUGCUAACUAGCCCAGAAGAGCAUUCCUCCUCCAACAUGAAUCCGUUGUGUAGCAGAUGUAAUCUAGUCGUUUACCCCACGGAAAAAGUGAAUUGUCUGGACAAGUACUGGCAUAAAGGAUGCUUCAGCUGCGAGGUCUGCAAAAUGACUCUAAACAUGAAGAAUUACAAAGGCUUUGAGAAGAGACCAUACUGCAAUGCACACUACCCCAAGACAAACUUCACCUGUGUGGCUGACACUCCAGAGAACCUCCGCCUCAAACAGCAGAGCAAGAUACAGAGCCAGGCUGUCUACAGGGAGGAUUUCGAGAAGAAUAAAGGGAAAGGUUUCAGCGUGGUCGCAGACACGCCGGAGCUGCAGAGAAUUAAGAAGACGCAGGAACAAAUCAGCAAUAUUAGGUACCAUGAGGAGUUUGAGAAGAGGAAGACAGGAGGAGAGGCCCCACAUCAUCAGCCGAGCACCCCCAGCCCAGGUUACCAGCAGCCUGCAGCCUCUCAAAACUUCCACUAUGAGCCCACUCCUGAACCAGUGCGCCCGGCAGCCACCGCCCCUCCUCCCAGUGCUGGGAAGCGGUACAGGGCAGUGUACGACUACUCUGCCGCCGAUGAGGACGAGGUGUCCUUCGUGGACGGGGAUGUGAUCGUAGACGUGCAGCAGAUCGACGAGGGCUGGAUGUACGGCCGCGUGGAGCGCACCGGCCAGCAGGGCAUGCUGCCCGCCAACUACGUCGAGGCCAUCUGAGUGAGAGGGAAAGAAAAAGAGGGAGAGAAAAAAAGGAGGAGGAGGAGGUAGAGAAAGGGAGGGAAAGAAGGAAAAGAAAAGCCCAGUGCCAUCUCAUCUUAACGCCGCUUUCUCUUGAUUUUACUCUUGUUCCCUAACCUGUCCUGUGAGACCCUGAACCCACCCCCACCCUUUACCCUUUCUGCAUCCCUGCUCUGCUCUCACUGCUCAGCUCCACCACAGACACCCUCUACCUACCUACCUACCUAUGUGUCUGUCUGUCCUUCUCUGUCUGUCUGCCUGCCUCUCUGUCAGUCCGUCUGUGCUGAUGUCUGUCUCUGUGUGGAUGUUCGUCAUCCUCCUUAUCUUUCCCCCAACAAUCCUGGCUGCACUCUGGUGCUGUCACAAGUGGAAAUCAAAAGUCUUAAAAAAAAGAAAGAGAUAAAACUCACGGUUCAUCACAGUAUGUCAGGGGUCACACCGUGUCUCACAGCUCCAUCCUAGCUAUAGCACUUAACAAAUGCAAAAACAAAGAAAAAAAAAAAAGGCCCCCACGAAUCAUUUUUCUGUGGAGAAAAUAAGUUUAAAGUGUGGGUGGGUGUAGGCGUGUUUGUGUUUUCUUUCUUUCAUUUUGCAGCGUGAUCUUGGCCAGACUGGAAACACAGUGUAGAAUCUCAGUCUUAUCAGAACUAAGCUUGAAUAUUUUUGACUUGUGUACAUUCCUUUUAACCUCUAACCCUGUUGCUGUCGCACCAAUUAGCCAGUUAUCAGUCUUAACGGAGAGGUUUUUAAAUACAUAUAUAGACGCAGGGUGGCACAUCUCGCCAUUGUGCGCUCAAAGAAGGCACGCCUCGUGUUCAGCACUGCAUUGUGGGGUAUCGUUGUGAAACUGGAAUCGUAGCCUAACUGAAGAGCACCUCCUGACGUCGCGUCGGGGCACAGGAGGGAUCAGGGACAAGUUAGGGGACAUUAUCGGUCCAUCUCUUGCAGCCGCACUGAAUACAUCACCUCACUUGGUGUGGAUGUACAGUACACACACCCUAAUUCCUGUUUUAUUUGCAGCCUGAAUGCCUUCAGUCCUGAGAGAAUCACAAAGCUGUGGUGAUCGAGGUGAAACUGUCCAGAGAUGGGAGCAGGUCAAGUCCUUCCCAUUUCUUUGCUACAAAAUCACCGUCAGUAAGAAAACACAUUGAUGAAAGAGAAGGCCAAGCACAACUCUAUAUUGUGUCUUUUUUUUUUUAUUAUUUGAAAUAUAAUCCACUGUUGUUGUUUUGUUUUUUUUAGUGAACAUUCCAGUCUUUUUUUUCCAUUCAAUGUGAGGGAUUGAAGUUAAAUCCUUAGCUGUGGUAUUUCUUCUCAUGCUGUUCUUCUUUUUCGUUCUUGUAAGAUGCUUAUUUUCCAAAAAGAAAAACGACAAAAAAAUUAAGUGUAUUAAAUAAAUAAACCAGCAACUCAAAUUUAUGAACCAAGGCAGAAGAGUUUAUCUAGACUUGUGCAGGACCAGUAUUAGAUAAUCUGAAUCCUGCAGGUCUGUUUCUGAUCAGUGUUCAAUAAAGAAAGUAAUGUUACAGUUACAAAAUACACGUGAAAGAAGAGAUUUAUUUCAUCGAGGCAGGCCUGUCACCUGAUGCAAGGACAGGAAUCCCAGAAAUUUUCAGCUAUUUUUGAUAUUUGAUCCGCGAAUUAGCCGAACUGUAGGCUGGCGACGAGUCACUAAGAUGGAAACAAACGUUGGUUCAUUGACAGAAAAUGAAGACUUUUAAGUUGCUGGCUGUAACACAGAAAUGCUGUAUCAUUCCUUCACUCAGGAUACUGUAUUUCUGUGAGGACCUUAUUAGAUUUUAAAACAUGACAUUUGACCAUUUCUCAGUGGUGUAAAUAAUCUCACAGGCCCCUGACCAUACACACACAUCCCCCCACCUCCCCCUGCUUUUCUUGCUGUUUCAUUCUCCUGCGAUUCACUGUGACUGUCACAGACGUGAGAGAUAAGGGCGGUGUGUUUUUAGGUGUAGGGGUGGUGGAGGGGGCGGGGUUGGAAAUGUUCAGCUUUAUUAAAAGAAACAAGGCUCUCACUAUGUAGCUAGAUGACAUUGUACAAUUGUAUAUGUAUCAUAAAAGGUAAGUUAGGGAAUAUGUUUUUACAGGUCAUGGUGCUCUGGGAAGUGGCUUGCCUGCAGAUUUAAAGUGGCUCAUAAGUUGUUGUUUUGUUUUUGUUUUCGUGAAUGUGGCUGACGGGAAGUUUGUGUCCGACUCGUGGAAAAAAUCGUAAAGUUUGAUCGUAAAGUUUUGCAACUUUCUAAUGUGAGGAACGGUUACAGUGCUGAUGAAAAUGGUCACCGAACCAGAAAAGAGAAACUCCUCAAACUGGUUUUAAAGGUUGCCAAACAAAUGGAAUGAACACACUGUAUGUAUGCCUGCAUUUUGCAUUAACCUCUACUUGACAACAGGGCAAGUUUAUUUGCAAAACAGAUGCUUGAUCGGAAAGCUGUUUUAGAGCUCACGGUUGUGUUUCUCCUGGGUAGACUGAAGAGUUUAUGGUUUGGCUUGAAGUGUAGUGAUUGUUCCUGGCUUAUGAUUUAAUAAUUUAAUAACAAAGCUACUUACACUGGUAGCCUUCGUUAACCGCCAAUCCCGAUUUUCUUCUUGUCUUAAGGGUGAAGUGGCCAAAGACAGCCAGUGUUGUGCAAGUGUGGUUCAGGAUGGAUUUGUUGAGGGCAAAGUCAAAUUCGAGCGUGUGAUUAUGUAAGUGUGCGAGGCUGGGGGGAGGGCGGCGGAGGGCAGUGACCCGAUGCUCUCAAUCUUCCCAGGCUGUGAGGCAGGGCAGGGUUUGUUUGUCUGACCUGGAUAUUAGUCAGGAGUUAACCUCUUUGCGCCAAAAUGCCGCUCUUCUGCUCUGGCAUCACUCAUCUACUGAACCGUAACACCAUAUCAUAACCCUGUUUCCAUUCAGUUUCUGUCUUAGUAUCCUGUCCACCAGUCUGCUGAGAUCCCUCUUUCCUUCAGCCUUCAUUGUAGGCUCCUGCGCUUCUGAUGAAUCAUUCCCUGCUUCUAUGAUACUGGUUAUAUACUGUAGACUUUGCAGAGUGAAAUCAUGUAUUCCACAAUCGGGUUUAGCAUUCAGACCGGUUUUGUGCAUUCCAUCUUAAAUUGUUUUUGUUUUUGAUAUAAUUUUGUUAUUUUUUAAAUAAAAAAAAUAAAGAUACCAUAUGCAUAUUGACAUACACGUGUAUUCAAAACUCAUUCUGGAUACAUACUCAGAAUUAAGGACCUGAUAUCAUCUCCUGUUGCCCUGUUACAGCACUUCAAAUUGUACUUAUGAUUCUGCAGAUUCAAUAAAAUGUCAUUUUUUUCUCAGA